GACUGCAUGAGCUACGUACAGAGUGUUUAUCUUGCGCGCAGGGUACGAGAAAGCUUUGAGCUUGUCAACAGGGCCGAGAGGCGCUACAGCUGUUGCCAACUCCAUGCUGUUGUCGGUGAAUCUUGGGGCACGCUUCAUGCCUCCACGUUUUCCCUUUCUCUCCCUCCAUCCGUGAGCAUACAGCCGCGGCCCUGUCUAGCCUCUCGAUUCCACUCGCGUUAAAAGCUAAAACACCGCUAGAACGAGCACUCUCCUCCACAUUUCGCACUCUCCUCCUUCCCCCUUCUCUUUUUCCUGCCGCUUCGGCAAGUGGAGUGGCGAGAGGGGCGAGGAGUCCUCAAGGCUUCGAUCGAAUAACAACACAACCGUCUCCUUUUUCUCUUUGUGCGACAGAACAAUCUGCGCGGAGUUUUCAUCUGGGCGCGCGCGUUUUCCGAACUGGCAGAACGUGUUCGCUCUAUCUUCCGUCGGUGCGAACAACAUCGGCGCCGGCAUCGAAAGGAGGCGUGAGCUGCCGGAGCGUCCGCGACGGUGCGACAUCGUAGAUCCGAAACAUCAGCAUCGGCGCGGCAUCCGGAGCGCCAGCUUCUUCAUGAGACACACGCGCAACGGGCGACCAAACCACGACUUCGGAAGUGGCGACUGUAGCCGCAGCAGCAACAGCACUAGCGACAUGAUAUUGUGCCUCUUCAACUGGCUGCUCUUCUUCAUCGAGCUCGGACGGUUGUUCGUCCGACUCGCGCUGGCGUCGGCCGAGACCCUCUACCGCGCCCUCGUGCCGAAGUCGAGGAAGGACGUGUCAAGCAGUGUAGUUGUCGUAACGGGAGCCGCACGAGGUCUGGGACGCGAGAUCGCCCGCAGCUUCGCCAACCUCGGCGCCAAAGUAGUGCUGCUCGACAUCGAUCAGGCUCGCAACAAUGAGCUGGCCAAGACAAUCCGGGCAUCAGGCGGUAAAGGCUUCUCAUUCACAUGUGAUGUCACAGACGAGGACCAAGUGAAGAACAUAGCUCAAAAGAUUGGACGGCUCAUUGGAGAUGUGGACAUUCUGGUGAACAACGCGGGCAUUGCCCAGGCCAUGCCCAUCCUCAACAUGAACCCAAGCCAAGUUCGACGCACCAUGGAGGUCAACACCCUGUCCCACUUCUGGAUGAUCCAGGAGUUUCUUCCCAAGAUGCUCGAACGCAAGCAGGGCCACAUCGUGGCAGUCUCGUCUCUUGCUGGGCUGGUGGGAGCAGCCAACUACACUGAAUACUGCGCAUCGAAAUUUGCGGUGAUGGGUUUGAUGCUUUCGCUGGAGCGGGAGCUGUCGCAGACGGAGGCGGGGCGCACCAUCCGCCUGACCACCGUCUGCCCUGCCAUGCUGUCCCGUGGGUUCUCCAACAUGGGGCUGCCUUACCUGAGUGCAUGGUUCCCCAGGAUAUUUCCCCCAGUGGAUGCCAAGGUGGCAGCACGUGAGGUGGUGAGCCGGGUGCUCCGGGAUGAGGAGCUGAUCGUGCUGCCAGCCAGCUUCAACCUCAUCCUCAAGUUGUCUGUGGUGCUUCCCCACAGUGUAGGCAAGAUAGUGCAGGAGUACCUCGACUACAUGGUGAACCCCAUGACCGAGGGUGGCACAGUCCUCUGAGGAGCCUCGCACCUUACGAUUCUGGUCGCCUUCAUGACUCAGGCUAAGUCUUAAUGCAGAAUGCAGCUUGACUGUGCAAGCUGCAAGCUCAUUCUACACAUCAGCAUUACCCAGGUCUUCCUUUUAUUGUGCCUUACUUCAGUCACACUGUGCACAGAUUUUGCACGUUGUGGGCUGUUGGUCACUUACAGUGCCGAUGUUUGGGGUUUCUUGCUGAAAACGUAGGUUUAUUGCAGACAGGUGUGUAGAUACAGCUGUGCACGUGAUCAAAUGCAGACUCACCUAGUUGUUGGAGUCUCUUGCUGAUUUUUUUUUUUUAAUAAGGUUGUCAGUAUUUGCAACUGCUGCAUUAAAAGAUGUGGCACAUUUGGUCUCAUCAGAAACUGAAGUCAACAUUUUUAGACCCAUGUGUGCAUAUUCGUUCGGAAAUGUAUUAUGUUUGGAUGCCGUACAUUUCUUUUCUGUCCUGUACAAACAGCUUUGCAGUAUGCAUUGUUCAUUUGUUGUUAGCUGUUUAUUGGCAUUCAAAAUUUCUGUAAUUCAAUCCAUCCCACGCGUCGCUGCAUUUGUAUGAGCUAGGUUCGGGUCCAUAGCGUAACUUGAUUAGGCUAUAGCAUGCUCUGGACAAUAUAGCUAGGUUGCCAUGGUCUGCAAGGCAUUUAAGGAAUGCACUAUGUCAAAUGUCAUACAUGGUUUUGAAUAUGAGAUGCUCUGGGCAGUUGAUACUGAUUAAAAGGCAUUCACCAGCAGCAAUGGUCUAUUGCAGCUCACAUACUGUAAAUUUGAUUUUUUCUAGCUGAGCAAAAAUCACUACUACUUUCUCUCUCUCUGAACAUGAAAAUCUGGUAGCUGAACAAUCAAGGGCAAUUCGUUCAUAAUUUCCUGAAGUAUGAAGAUCAGGGCGUAUGGUGAGAUUGAGGGCAUUGCACGGCUCAUUUCUGGCCAUCUAAAGUCUAAAGCAUUACACUCGAGGGUGCAUUAGGAUCAAGUUAAAUACGAUAUCAAAGCUUCCGAAACUAAGGACCAACUUACAGGGGGCAGUAUGACUGCGACAGGUGUCACAGGUACGGAGAGGGUUAUGUGGUGUUGUAUCAAGUAAUUAGUAAACUCUGUUGUUCAGAGGUUGCUUGUACUGUCAUUGUUUGUGUGUUUAGGUUUGUGCAAAUAUGUUAGUAUUAUAUACACAUCUUGUGUUAUGUUACACAGAGAACCGUUUUCUCCUUGUCAGUCUUAGCUGUUCAUCAUAAUGGUUCUAGCCUACAUUAAAUGUGGUGCACAAAGCAUUGUUUUUUUUUUUUUGCAUAUUGUAGAGUGGAUUCCUGGCCACCACUUCAUUACUCCAUGCUUUUUUCUGUUUGUUGCGAUUAAUUAUGAUUGAUCAACCGAUCCAUUCGCCUUCUCUUCAGAAGUUAAACACAUGUUGGUAGGAGCUGCACAAAUUGCCUUUCCUUUUUCAAUAUUCAUAAGAUAGGCUGGCUUAAAAAGAAAUCCGUUGCACAGUGCAUUUUCAUGGAAAAAGGAAAAGACAGGCACUAGCUCAGAGAUAAUGUUUAAAGUGCCACCAUAUUGUUGUUCAUGGUUCGUUGAGCACAGGGCAAGCUUACGAGAAACAUGUUUCAUACAUACAAAACAUGUUGUGUUGUGAAACAUGUUCUGCUGUGUUGUCGUUCAUUGUUAGUCUGAAAGAAAAAGCAAAAUUUAAGUGAGGACAUUCUUUGCCAUCCCCUCUAUCUUUCAUUUUUUUAUGCUAAUGUAGUUGCUACUGUCACUCGUUACAUACAGGUGCUUAAAUUGACAACUGUGCUUAAGUGCCAAAAAAUUUUUUGCUUAAGAGCAGGCUUGUGCAACACUUUGGAGAAAGUAUAAAGUGCAGUUGAGAUAUUUAUCUGACUAGUCUGCUCCUGACAGGCUGGCAUCACUGCUCUUGCUAUUUUGAGAUUAAAUGACAGCUUGUAUCAUUGUGUUUCUUUGAAAACGUUCAGUAGUUUUUGUUUCUUUGUAUUGCUUACCACAACACCAUUCCCAAGCAAUGCUGUGAGUUUUCAAUGUGACUCUACUACUUGGGAAUUUAGAAUCCUUGUUUGCUAUAGACAAACUUACGCAAAGUAUGCGAGUGUCACCUCUAUAACACCUUUUAGAAGUUUUGAAAACACUGCCAAAAUGUGCUGCUGAUAUACGUAUACACAUCGUGGUUAUGCUAUCAACGCUCCAUGUUUUUAAGCUUGUUUGCAGACUGUAGUAGUGUCGUUCAAGCACUGAAAGGAUACAUGAAUUGGGUACUACCACACGUCAUCUCAAUGAGUUUUGCAAUUUUCAAAAUGGUAAAGGCACAUGUGCUGAAGCUAAGACAGCCCAUAGUUAAAAGACAACCUAUGGGCCUUGUCCUGCGCGACAUAUACCUUGCUAAACUGUUUAAUUCAUUCUGAGAAGUCUACCCUCCCCAGACACGGUUAGGGGGUAGUAGACAUGGCACAAUUUGUCCCUGCUGGUCAAGUGUUUGUAAUGCGGCCCACGAUUACACAGUCUUGUGAUUGGCCAAUUUCCUGUACAGCCGCCGUAGCCGACAGAGUGCUUCAGCAUCCUGGUUGCUUUUGGAUUCUCAGAGUUGUUUUAUUGCUUUUCCAGCUCAGUGCAAUAUGCACUAUUCAGAAUUUGAGGUAGUUCAAUGCAUAGUGACCGAAAUACAGCAUGCAGAAACAGGGAUGCGCUGAAGAUAGACACACGCAGAGCACUUUAUAGGUGUCUGUUCAUUCUGCACGCCAUUUUUGCCCUUAAUAAGCAGUCAAAUCGUGUGUUUGCUGCUUGCAUGUGGGUGCAGAGUAUGUGAAACGUUAACCAUAAUUCAUGGUGCUUAGGCUUGUACGCUGACCUUUGCCUUGUGCUUCUCACUAAGUGUGGGGCCUGUGCACUUAUAAAGUGAACCUUUCCUUGCUAGCCCUCCCGGACUUUCCUGACUGUGGCUGCUAGCUGAAUGCUGCUGCUGUCUUGCCGAAUAGUUUGCACGCAUUUACAGCGCUGCCGCCUUUACUACCCUUAUAGGUGUUCAGGCUGCUGGUCUUGUUUUCUACGGAAUGGCUCAGUGAUAAAAGAAAUGAUACCUAAAUAGCUUCAUUGGAACAAGUGUAUGUAAUCAAGAGCACAAUUCCUUUAGUAAUGCAAACCUUUCUAUGCCUGCUUUUCUAACCAUUAGGCGACAAUCGCGCCUAUACUUCUGCUGUGCCAAUGCCAACUACCUCUUUGAGAUGAUCGUCACGUGUUGAUGAUGAAGAUGAUUUUCAUACUAUGGCACAUGCACGCAACAGGCGAUUUGCCCUGAAAAGGGGGCUACAUUUAAAAUAAAUACAAAGAAAUGAAGAUGUACAAGGCAGUAUGAGUUGUCACAUUGCGUGGUACGGUUUUACAAGAGAAUGCGUGCGCACACUAGUUUCAUUUGCACCAAUGACGCAGGAAUUAAAUGGGCAGAUUUAUAGCAUUUCAUUAGCCUCAUUAGCAUUAGCAUUAGCAUUAGAAAGCUUUGCUUCACACAUAUUCCAAGAUGUGCAUUGGAUCUGCAUAACCUUUAGGACAAUUUUUUGCUCUAUGUUGUGAAAAUAUUGGUCGCAGUGGCAGGUGGCUGCUCCAACUGAACCACUGUUCGUGCUAAAAUUUUACACAGACAUGGCAUAUUAUGGCGAUCUUUGUUGAGUGCCAUGCUUAGACGCAGUAGUUGCCUGUUUGGUCCAGAAAAUGUAGGAACUACAUGUCUCCAGCAAUGCAGGAUGCAGGACCCAAAAAAAUAGUGCUAUUAUUGAGAAGAACAUUGGUGCCAUCUACCACUGUUUCGAUGAAACACAAUGCCGCUGUAACAUUCACAGAGGGAACCACCGUUUCGUUGUUGAGAGAACGUCUGGUUUUCAGCCGGGAUAGGCCGCAGACAACACGUGGUUGCUGUUUAUUCUUGAAAAAAUUGUCAACUAGUGUGUCCAAACACAGUAUCAAACAACAUGCACCGACAAAUGUCAACCCUAUGCUAAAUUUAUGUGCGGAACAGCCAGCAAUUUCGUUGAAAGAUAUUUUAUGCCUGGCUCCCUGAUUCAUGCAACAUGUGGUGUUAUCAGUGAGAUUGCAAAGCAAGGUUGUCUUGUGAGCAUGUGUUAGAACUAUAUUUGAGCAUGAAUUAGCUCCCUCGAAGUAGCACAGUGUGCAUAAAAUGCUCGGGUUGCAAAGUUCCUCCUCCAAGCUGUCGUCCUGCAGUAUUCAGGCAUAUGUACUUAAUUUUUUCUAUCUCAGUGUACAUUGAGGCUUAAAGACUUUGUCUUGAAUUGAUUGAAGAAAAUUGGUGACAUUCCAUAAAUGGAUGAGCGUGCACCAGGAACGAAGUUCGUAUGAUGUAUUAUUUCUUGUCUGGUUUGAGUGGGCUUGACUGCACAGCACCUGAGUCACUAUAAGCUUACCUGGUCAGAAAUUAGCGGCUAUUGCGUGGACACCCACGUUGCUGCUUUUAUUGAAAAUUAUGCUGUGAUGCAGGGCGUUAGAACUGUGUAGCUCUUUCUGUAAACAAAUACAAGGGCACCAGAUCAGUUGCUAUGCAUAGAGAACAUGAAAACAGGGCAUUGAAACUUGUCAAACUGGGUGAUAAUGUUUACAGUACAAAAUUGCAUACCAUGUUAUUAUAAAAUGUUUUGUUAUAUUUUUGUAGAGGGAAAAAAAAUGUAAGCAUCAACAAUAAUCCCAGGGCUAGUAAGAGCUCCUUGUUUCUAGUUUUGUUUCUUUAUUGCUUACCCCUAUAUUGUGUAUUUUUGUUAUAUCGUUGUUAUUUAGCAUUGCUGGUGCAGCUUCAGUGGAAGGAGUGGCUUUUCUUUCUGUCUCUCUUUUUUUUAAGUUUUGAUCAAGUCUAAGAAAUUGUCCGUCAGUUAAUUGUCCAACUUGUUUUUUUGUUUUCUGCAGGGAUAAAUUUUUGUCCUUUUGCUUUCAACUCUCUGCAGAGCAUUUGUAGGCAUUUUGUGUGCGUACAAAUGUGUUCGUAUGUUGUCCUUCAGCUAGGGCCAGAGGCACAUAGUGACCUGUUGUUAAAAUGCCUGUUAUAAUGGUGCUCAGGUGGAACAGUUAGUACUCACUUUCAUAGCUUAAGACUUUAAAUGUGUACAGAAUACUGGUGGACACUCUUGAUGUUCUCUGUAACAGUUCUUAUUCUUAUAUAAGGAUAAGCACACAGCUGUCGCCUGAUGGUGCUCAGACCGUGUCUGCAUUAGUUUGUGGAGGCAGUGUUUGCUGGUGUCAGGCACAUUAUACGUACAUGUUAAGAUAAAAUUGCAGCUGUUCUAUGCAUCUUAAGUGUGCUACAAGUGAUGUAAAUGGUUUUGUCAUGUGUGUGUAAUACAAAGCCAAGAAACUGUGUUCAAUUAGGUUUCAUUUCCACCCAGAAUUACUCCCCCCCCCCUUUUAUUUAACAUGAGAUUGCCAACAGCAUAUGCCACGAAAGCAGGAGAAUGUGCUGGAGGAAAUAUUGUAGUUAUGAAAUAGUAAUCUCGACAACACAUGAAAGAUGGUGGUGCUGCGAGUGUCAUUUACCAGUGUACUUAAAGAGCCCCUACUCAAUACACAUGUCAACUCAAUACACAUGUACACAUGUCAACACAUGUACACAUACACAUGUGUACACAUGUUCACAUGUGCACACAAUACACAUGUACACAUGUCAACUCAAUAUGGCCAGGUCUGGCCAUAUUGAGUUGACAUGUGUAGCGCAUACAAUGUGCACUGACGGUCAUGUCUGCAAAGUAUUACAUUGCUACAUGCCGCAGAAAGAGCUGAAAUGUCAAACCAAACGCCUUUUGUGCUUCUCCUCGCGGUUGCCGCGCUCCCUGCCAGAUAGGUGACGUACAUGCGCAAGUGUGCCUAUGUACAGGUAUAUGCUGUGAUGUCACUCAUAGUGGCACGUGACUUCGAAAAUUAUUCAAGGCAACAUAUGUUGUAUGUGUAAUGCGUUGCUUCAGUAGACAAAUUAAAGUUUAGAAAAAUAAUAAAACACACACCUAAUGUCUGCAUGUUUUUGUUUUGCUUUGUACUGUAGCAAGAGAAAUUUACUUCUGUUUCAUCUGCUUGUUCCCACGUCGUACACUCGCACGCGCAGACAACGAAACCAUGUCAUUUUUUACCGUGUUCCAGUGCACAAUCAUGCUCUGUGAUCCGCUUGCAUCUGCCUCAGUGUUCAUGUAGCAUUUAUACUGCGCGCAAUAUUGUGCGCUGCGCGAAACGAGACAAAUGCAGCAGCUCGCGCACUAUACAAUCAGCUAAUGUGCGCCGCGCAGCAAGAAAAGGGAGGGGAAAAAAAGACGGGGCCUGUGAGGUAUGCGUCACGCGAUCCUCCAGCUCUGGUAAGGGAGAACACAGGGAAAGAAGUUCGCUUGCAGAGGCUUGACCAAGUGGAGAGAGCGUUAUGUUGGCGGUGACACUUGCUUCCUGAAAUCAUGCGGCACUGAAAUAUUUCUAUCUUGGCUAUUAAUGAACCAGUUUGAAAAAUUCUUGCGACAAAACGCUCCCUGAGGGCACGUAGUAAUUUCCAGCAUAUAACCGAAAUUUUCUAUGUGGCCUGGUGAGGGCCCUUUAAACUUUUAAAAUAACCGUGCACAUGUAUGCGACAUGUAAAUAGUGCAUCUUUACUGUUGUUCCAGAAUAAUUUGGGGUUGCACCAGAUUUUUCUUUUCUUGAAAGUGAACUUCCAAUAUAGCCAUAAUGAAUGUCUUCUUUUGGUGCUUCCUUACGGUAUCGCAUGCUUUGUUCAGAGCAUUGUGCAGAGGCUACAGAGGAGCCAUCUUUUGUAGCCUGUGUUGUAAGGGAUUAGAUUCAGUGCUGCCCAUGUACUGUAGAUGAGCUCUUUCUCACGGUUUGAUUUCUUUGCAUUUACAGUUAUUGAAAAUCGAAAUAAUGUGUGUGCGGUAAAUUCUGUGAGACAGUGCAACGCUAUAGAAACAGGCGCCAGAAAUGUUCCAGCAUGAACUAUUUUUGACAAAACUACAGUAAGUUAUGAGAAUCUCAAAAGAUUUUGUCACCACAAAAAUUAAGUUGUUUGCAGCAUAAUGUCAUUAGAAACAUGCAUCUACUGAGGCUAAAGUUGUCAUUUCAGCUGGCUGCGAUGCUUUUCUUUCCCUUUUCUUUUUUUUUUUUAAGGGGCUGGGUUAUUGAGAAUUGAAGUGCCAAUAAAACUGAAAAAGAAAUGUAGUUAAAGAGAUUUUGAAAAAGAAUUUGAGUUUUCGAAAAGAAUACCCCUGCUUUCUUCUUUUUUUCAUGAAAUCUUGUGGCAAGACAGCAGCAUGCCUGCAUGUGGUUAGGCACAUUUUUUCAUUAAGAUUUUUGUCCAAUACAAGAAUGUUCUUUUUGUUUGUUUGUAUGUUGGUAUCUUUACAAGAAGAAGAAAAGACUAAUAAUUUACCCAAGAAGGGCAACCUUCUUCCAUUUCGAAACAUUGUAGCUGUGUUUGUGAAUGACUAUGGCAAAAUAAUCACUGUAAUGGAGAAUAUGGUGCCAUGUUCGAGGGUUUUUUUUUUUUUUUAGCUUGUCACAUUUUCAUUGCAACCUUGAGGCAUCACUCGUCAUUUGAUCUCAUUUGUAUUUUGUGUUUUCGUACGACAUGGCCUUGUGCUUGCGACUGCCUCUGGAAACAGCAACUGCUUCACAGACAACAAACUUCACACUGUUGUCACCUGUCUUCCAAACUGUGAAUAGAUAUUGCGAACUUAGGUACUUAAUUUUGCCUUUCUUGAGCAUACUAAAUGUAGUACAUUGCGCAUACUGAAUGAAUGUUUGUUGAUAAUAAAGUUGUUCCUUGUUGUA